AAAUAUUGUAUGUGGGCCGCUGUAAAUGGUAAACAAAAGUUUUAAAUGCCGUCUUGGCUUUGUUUGUAAUUUGUAAUUUAUUAAUCGAACGAGGUGGAUAAACCUUUUGUCAGGACAAGGAGAAAUGUUAUGGAAAGUUUUACAUUAGAAAAAUUACAUUAGAAAAUUAAUAUGAAGAAACUUUGAAAAUUUCUAUUAUUUUUUAAAUGGCGACAUGGAGUUAUCUUUGGAUAUAAAGAUAGACAAUGAAGAUUUCGAUCUUCCAAGAACUCAGCAUUCUAAUAAUAAGGUAAUAGAUGAUGACGUUCAAAAAAUAGAAAGCGUGAGGCAAGGAGGAAUUACUACAGCGAAAGCAACGGAAAAUGAAGUACAAAAUUGCGCUAACUCAACUACGGAUUAUGGCCCAGAAAAUAUAAACAUCAACGGCCCUAACUCAGAGCAACCAACAUUCGUUACCAGAAGAUUCAAUGGGUCAUAUAAAAGCGAGAAAAUACUCGAUUAUCAAACGAAGGAUGGCGUACAGAACAACGGGGAUUCACCGAAAACCUUACAGGCAGCACCUAUUUCUUCAAUCUCCACACGGCAACACGAAUGCGAAUUUUGUGGGAGAAGAUACCGCUACAAAGGGCCCCUUGUCGAGCACAUACUGCGGGUACAUUGUAACGAAAAGCCCUUCUAUUGCGAUAUCUGCGGUAAAACGUUCGGUACCAAUUCCGGCGUUUCUGUCCAUCGAAAUAUACACUCUAAUGAGCGGCCAUACAAGUGCACCGUGUGUCCCAAAGGUUUCAACUCUAAAGGUGAGUUAAACGAACACAUGUGCGUUCAUACGGGUAAUUGGCCUUAUACGUGUACCGUGUGCGGCAAGAAUUUUCCCAAGAAAACUAAAAUAAAUGCACACAUGGCCACUCAUACUGGUGCCUACCGGUUCAAGUGUGAUGUAUGUGGCAAAGGAUUUAAUAACCGUCCUCGUUUGUUAGGACACAAACAUAAGCAGACUAAUGACCCAUCUAACAGCGAGAAACAACUGGCAACUAACUCGCAGAACGAUGUCAACAAUCUGGAGACAGCAUCUUCUAUACGGCCAUAUGAGUGCCAGUUUUGUGGAAAACAAUUUGUAUAUAAGAAAAACCUUAACGAACACGCACGGAUACAUAGCGGCGAACGGCCCUUCAGUUGCGAUAUCUGCGGUAUGACAUUCGCCAGAUACGAUAGCCGAAUGAAUCAUCUGUCCAAACACAGCGGUGAUUAUCGCUACACGUGCGAUGUGUGUGGCAAAGGAUUCAAUACUGGGUCUUCUAUGACGCAGCACAGGCGAUAUCAUACCGGUGAGCGACCGUUCAAAUGUGAUAUCUGCGGGAAACGAUUUACCAGGAAAUACGAAUUAUCCAAACACCGGGACAGAGGCGACGCGUCGGUACGUUCAACCUGUUCACUGAACAGGUAGGAACAAUCAGACGACCCAAACCACUUUUGAGUAAACAUUACAGCAGUAGCACGCAAACUAUUUUUAAUGAAAGUAAUAAUUUCAAAACUAUGAAGUGCGAUAAUUUGAUCUGAGCGAUAAAUCAACCCAGCGUCUCCAGCGAGUAGAAUUCAACAAUUUUCUGCUUUCCUAUGACCGGUUCAACCAGAAACAUGCACGCAUCUCGUACUCUCACCGCAUGCUCUAGAGGGAGCAGCUGCAUGAGCGACGGCUGAAAUAGCAGCGCGAGUGUCAUGGGCGAGGCUCUUUCUAUUCUCUUUUGCACCGGUUCAAAUCAAAUAUUGAACCAGCGUACAUUGCUGCGAUGUAUAUUUGGGCGUUGGAACUGUGUGCAAAACGAGAAAGCUUUAAAAUUUUCGAACACCUUGCGCCGUACGUUCAUAGCUGUUGGUUGAACGCUUUUUUUGGGAAGCCUAACAAAAUGUUUCUGCCCCUGGGACAUACUAGUUACAAGCGCGUAUGUAUUUGGUUGGUUCAACCAUAAUAAAGAACCGUCUACUUUUGCGUCAAAGAAAUCGUUUGAUCUUUGCAUUUACAGACAGACAAACUCAAAUCAGGGGUUGUUCUAAUCAUGGACGCGUGGAUGUUAACUGUUUCCUACGAUAAUUUGCAAAGAAAAUAAGUUUUCUGGAUUUAAUGAACAUUCAAAUUUCUAUCAUAUUUGAAAGAAUUAAGGUAUUUUCUCAAACCGGUUGACAAAUGUUUCAAUCCAUCUUAAACAGAAGGACGAAUUAUUCUCGGUGUAGAGAAAAUAAGAUUUUACAUUGCAAGUUAAUUCAAAUCAUACAACGAUAUAUAAGUUUUAAUCUCUUUAUACAUGCUUGUAUUGCUUAUUUUUUAUUAAGAAAUCUUUUUCUAUUCUAAUUAAGUGGCAACCUUCUCGGAUAUGUUAUAUAUUUUUUGUUCAUUUUCUAUGGUAAAUUAAGCAUUCUACAAGAAGUUUGUCGGACAAUUCACUGGUGGGAUUUGACAACAAAUUUGUCCAGCGAAAUUUUCUGUCAACGAAUAUUUUUUAUUGGUCCUAUUCGUUAGAUGUUGCAUGAAAUCGACGACAAAAGAAUCAGCAGAAGAGAUACGUCUCAUAGAGGCGAUUGUGACUUUUAAGGGUCUCGGUGGUAUAUUGAACAGGUUGACGGUGGAACCACGCGUCGCCUCUGCACCGGGAGAAGCACGGCUCGGGAGAAUGAGGGACUAUGUGGUUCGAUCCAAUCCAGUCAAACAAACCGAAAUUCUCUCUGGUGUCUGUCAGGGUUGUGACUCAAAACAAUUGAUUCCGACUUGAAAUCAGUUGUUUCAUGUGAGCCCGAAAACGACUCAUACUCCGGAUGGAUUCGAAUGGACGUGUUUGGAAAACCCAAACAAAAUGACGCGUAAUUUAAUGUGGGACAUUAUUGCAAUACAUGUAUUUUGUCAAACUUAUUCAACAUGGUUCAACAUGGCUAAUACCUCGGUUGCUUCUAUGUUUGCUGCUUAUUUUUUGGCCAAUAUGCUCGUCGAAAGAAUACCUAAUAAACUGGCACAAAUAUUUUUUGGUACUUUCUCGCACAUGUUUAGAAAAGGAUAUUUUCGAAAAAAAAUCUCGACCUUUUGUUUGGUAAUCUCACAUCAAUAUGCAACUUGUUGAAAGUUGCUCGUAAUUAAAAAGUUACAUAGUCUUAAAUUUUGAGGUAGUUAGAGUUACUGUGAGUUUUUAUUGAAUUUUGUACUUUCUAUUACCGAUUCUCCAUUUAUUUUACCAUAGAAAUUUAUAAAAUCUUGUGAGCGAACUAGAGCUAUCGGAAAAGCCCAGAUUUGGCAUAUUGUUUGUGGAGCUAAUAACCAUUUGAUCUGGCCAUUUGAGUGUUCCGAAAAUUGGAAUAAUUGUACCCCAUUAAGUCGUUCGGCAUAAGACCAUUUGACAUAAUGAACGUUUGGCAUAAUACUCAUUUAGUGUAGUUGCUGAAAGAGAAUGCGAACAGAGGUUCUCAUUUGCUUAUUGGACCAUUUCAAUAACUGCGAGAUCGUUAGUGAAAAUCUGUCGCUUGCAAUUGGGAUUAUCUCCGGAAAGUUUUUUUUUGUUGAAAUUUCAACAGAGAAACCCUAAUAAAAAAUUAUACACGAACUUUAACCCAUAUAAUCCAAGGCUAAGACAAGACGUGACAAUAAAGGGGGCCGAUUUUACGUCAGAACGGUCCAGCUUCUGAUUGGUUGAUUCUGACUUUUUUCACCGUACGCAAUGUUACUACAGGGAUAGCGAAAUGAUGUUUGGCAGAGUUGCUAUAUUUAUAGGAAAGAUUGUCAUUACUUUUGACAAAUAAAAUUAUUACCGUUAAAAAAGUAAAAAUGAUUAAAUUGGACAGAAAUUGCGCGGCAAAGUGAAACAAGUAUUUAUCAUGCAUUUACCGUAUACGUGGUUGAUUAACUUUUACAAAAAUAAGACAGAAACCACAUCAUAAUCUAAA